CGUUCCUCCUUCACAACGGGACGUCCACGCAUCUCCGCACCCUCAAGUCUGGGUUCUGCAUCCUCACCUCUAACAGAAGUUUCGCUUCAUUCUGGUGCUGGUGGUGGGGUUUAUAGUGGUCUCCCGCCCACUUCAGCCACCUCUUCUGAUCACAGCGACAGUGGCUCUAACUCAGGUCCAGUCUCGUCAGUGCCUCCAUCUGCCAAGCGUCACAAGGUAGGCUUUUUUAAUAUUUUUGAUCCGUCCUCGUCUUCAACGGCCGAAGUUACUGGCGGCAUCGCCAGUACCAAACACCGUCCAUCCUCGUCCAAUACGCCUCCGAUUUCAAGCUACCCCGGACGUCCGCAAGGGACGAAUCUCACAACACCCUUCGCCAAGGGUAUUCCACCAAAUAAGGAUGUGCUGGGUUCUGACAAAAAAACGAUAAUUAACAAUGAAGUAUGUGUGGCCAAUAUGGACACAGAUCUGGAAAAGAAAGGUUGCCUGUAA